AUGGAGGAAAGCGAAAAACUAGAAGAACCGUGCAGAUUAUGCGACGAAAACGCCGAGAAGUUGGUAAGCAUCUUCGACAAGAACGAAGAAGGUGUCGAAAUACUUCAAGUUAUCAAGGAUUGCAUCCCGAUUGUGAUUUACAGAACCGACCCGUUAUCGAAAAACAUUUGCGAAUCGUGUUUGGAAAGCCUCUAUUCGCUCAGCAGCUUCAAGAAGAAUUGCGAAGAAAUCGCCCACAAACAAAAAGAGAAACUCGGCGCAGUUCCUAAUAAGAAACACCAAGCUUUUUUGGCUUGCGGCGAACGAACGGAUGAAAUAUCCGAACUACAAGACGCCUCCACGUCGACGGACGACAUCAACACGUUCUGCAACAAUUGCAAACAAUCCAUACUCGACGGUAACUUGAUUAACGGCGAAUUAGAAUUGGCCAUCGCCGAAUCGCUGGCCAAAAACAAAAUGCGCACCGAAUCGGCGGAGAAAUCCCUCAGAAGGCGUAAAGUCGUUCCGUUCUAUCACGAACUAGACGAUUCCCUGUGCAGCAGCCUAACCGAGUAUACCCAAAAUACCGAAGGAUCUCAAAUGUUCGAAGACAACAGUGAUAUAGAUGGCUCCGACGAUGACUCGGACGUAGCACACUCCCGUAAAAAACGCAGGAUUAUGUCAGACGAAGAAGACGCAGAAGACUCGGAAAGAAAUGGUAGAAAAGACGGAUCGAUAUCGAACCUACACGAAUCGAAACCUCUAACCGACGAGGAUUUCGCGCAAUUAUACCAACACGAAGAGUGCCACAGGUAUCAACCGUUCUCGUUGCUUCAACUCGCUCUAAACGUCAUCAACGUGGCCAUCGUGCAGGACUACCAACCCGACGAUUUCCUCCUGCAAACGGUAACGCCCGAAUGCAGGCGAUGCAAUCGGAAAUUCCGCAAUCUGAAGGUCCUGUCGAUACACGAGAAGCUCCACAUGGAAGUGGAAGCAGGCGAGAAAAUCGACAAUCCUCUACCGUGGCACGAUAGCAGAGAAAACGCCGACGUGAGGAACAAAUGGUUGAAUUAUUUCGAUGAAAAUGGAUACGAAGAUGAUGAUAUUAUAAUCGAUGAUGUAGUGAGUACGAGUGUGUGUAAUGACAAUUUGUUAAUACCGUUGGAAGAAUGCAAAACCGACAGUUCCGGUAAAUUAACGGGCGAAGAGAAAUUAGUGUUAGUCGGCACCCAACCGAUGGUAAACGGCGUGUAUUUAGGCGACUAUUCCAAAGACGAACGAAAGCUGCUCUAUCAAACCAUGAGGAUACAAGGCGUCAAUAAAAAAUUCUGCCCUCUAUGCAGGUACACGUUCAAAGACAACUGGGCGAUAGAAAGCCACUAUUUCUCGCUGGCCUGCUACUACACGUGCCGCUACUGCGGCAUGCGCUUCAACAAGCAACGGCACAAGUUCAAAGAGCACGUCGACGAGCACGAGGCCAACAAGGACGAUUUCUCCGAGAAGAUAUUCGCCGCCAACAAGCUGAGCAACGUCAUACCGAAGGUGAUCCAUCCGCCUAAGCCGAGGCGGAUCGUGGUGACCCAGCACAACCCGCCGCCCGAGAUGGUGGCCGCCAACAAUCAGUUCUUCAGCGGUCCCAGCGUGCACCAGCAGCAGAUGGCUUACUCGCAACAGCCCAAACGGAGCUUCAUGGAACGGAAGACUCUGCAGCCGAAUUUGCAGAACGUCGUGAUUAAGGAGGAACCGCAGGAUAAUAGAGAGAUUCAAGCGUCGCAAUCGAAGACCGGCAAUCAGGCGUACUUCUGUCGGAAGUGUUACAAAGUGUUUUUCAAACUCGACGAGUUUAAUAUACACAGUAAAAAUUGCGAUUUCGCGCAAUUCCCGCAAGCGCGGAACAACUCUACUACCGUCAAUAAGGCGAUAUCCAAAAAUGGAGACGUUUCGCCGGCGGGCCGGCCUAUAAGAAACUGCGCCAAGGAAGUGGGGCCCUACAAAGACGAUGUGUACCUGCCGGAGCACAUAAUGAAAGACCCGAAAUCGCCGGCGCAACAAUCGACCUUCGUGUGCUUCAUCUGCAACACGCCGUUCCCGACGAUCUACUCGCGCAACAGCCACAUGCGCAUCCACAAGGGCGAGACCCAGGGCCAGUUGACGUUGCACCAGCCGCCGCCGACGACGACGACGGUGAACAACCGCCGGCCUGCAAACAACCAGCUGAACUACCGCCAACCGCCGCCUCCUCAAAGCCACUAUUUGGACGCUGUGGUCAAGCAGGAACCGCUCGACAUGGAAACGAUGGAGCCGAUGGUGGAGAUACACGAGCAGGAGCAGGAGCAGGAACAACAGACCGGUUUCCCGACGAGCCUCGGCGAAGGGGCCGUCAGUAUCACGCCUAUCGUGAAGAAUCCCAAGCAGAAGGCGACCAUCAACGCGAGCGUCAUGAAAAUCGUGCAGAGCAAUCCGAAUUUGUCGAUCAAAAAGGCGCCCGAGAAGAUCCAAUCGUUCGCGCCUACGACGAGCUACGGCCAGAUGCCGUUGGGGGUCGCUGUCGUAGCGCCGCCCGAUCCCGACAGAUCGUACAAGUGCUCGUCGUGCUGGGAAGCGUUCGCGAACAAAUCUCACCUGUACUUCCACAAGAAGAAUCAGUGCGAGGGAUCGAGGUUGCCUUGCCCGUUCUGCAAGAAACGGUUCGGGACCGAGGCCGAGUACAGUUCGCACAUUUACUACAGCCACCCGGAGUAG